CUUGACCGAAGCACACUCGUCGCGGAAGGGCGCGGGACUCGAGUGCUCGCGGACGACAAUUAAUAAAUCGGCGACCGGUGCGGAGCAGAUUACGCGGACGAGGAAGUUGGAGGCGCGAGACGCGAAACGCGAGUCAGUCGUGCCGUGGCUCCGACAGAACGUGGUUCAUCGUGGACCGGGCUCCGAGUCCUCGAAAUACGCUUCCCUCGUGCUCAAGGAUUACAUCGCGGAGCGAUCUCGAGGAAGACGUCGUCGGGAGAGGACAGUGAUCGAUCGGGUUUCGGAGAUGUUGCUCCGGGAUCGCGAGCGUCGGUCUUCGCGGAGGAUAUCGCGCGGUUGCUGAGACGAUGCUUCGGCUGUGAACGGUAGAAAGUGAGCCCAGAGACUGUGGAACAGAACGACGGAACCUUACGAGGAGUGUUUCGGGAAGAACGAAGGCAUGUCCGGCCGGGAGGAGACGAUGGACGAGGAGAAGCGCAGCGAAGCCUCGCCGAGACCCUCUCAGCUGACUCCCUUCAGCAUCGCGGACAUCCUCAGCAGGAGGACCUCCUGCUCCAGCCACGAGCAGCAACGUUCUCCGGAGCUGGAGGAUCAGCAGGCCGCGUCUUUCUUGAAGAAACGCAGAGAGUACGAGUGCCUGGAGAACGAACAUCGAGAAGGACACUCGGACCAGGAUCGUAGCCAGUUGACGAGAUUCGCCAGGCUGUCCUCGCCCGAUCUGAGCGUGGCCAGGGAGCUGGACAUCCUGACGAGGAACCUCGUGCACGCGAACAUCUCGAACUUCGGCACCAUCCCGCACCUGGCACAGGGCACCUUCAAGCACCUCGAGACCCUGGGCAACAUGGCCGCCUACCAGCCGGCGAAGGACACGAGGGAGGCCUCGCAGAGGCAACAGGACGAGGCGCUGGACAUGAGCAAGAACAAAUAUCUGGAGGACACGGAGGAGGACAUGUACGAGGCGCAGAAUCAUGGUCAGAAUCUCCAGAGCAGAAAGAAACGCAGCCGGGCAGCGUUCUCCCACGCCCAGGUCUACGAGCUCGAGAGAAGAUUCGCCGCGCAGAAAUAUUUGUCGGGCCCGGAAAGGGCGGACCUUGCUCGCGGAUUGAAGCUGACGGAGACACAAGUCAAGAUCUGGUUCCAAAAUAGACGAUACAAGACCAAGAGGCGACAACAGCAGGAGCUGGGCGCGCUGGUUAAUUCCGGAAACGCGAGGCGCGUGGCGGUGCGCGUCCUCGUGCACCCGGACGAGCAUUUGAGGGGAUUGCCACUUCGUGGUUCCGGGCAACUUCCCGGCCAAAUGUCGGGCCCGCAAAUUCAUCCGGCGAACAAAGCGCUCGGCGGUUUCCCGUACUACUGCCUCCCCUAUCAUCCCCUGCUCUGUCCGCCCCUUCACUCCGCUCAUAUUCAGGUGCAAAACACGAUCGCGCCGGACCUCGAUCCCAGCCAGCUCUCGAAAAUCACCGACGAGAAAUGAACCGGUGAAUUUUACCGGAUGGGGAUCGACCGUUCUCGUUCCGCCGCCGUCGAAACGCCACGAUCGAUGUUCGUCCUCCUGUUCGAGGGACGCGCGUGUCCUCGUGUCUUUUUUUUCACUUUCGAUCUGGUCGCGUUAAGCUAGUCCAUUCGCCACUGUCCUGCGGCGUUCUCUUCGUUAGGAUCGGGGAUUGAAAAGAUUCCGAGGAUAACCGUUGCAAACUGUUAUGCUACUUCGGCUCUGACUGAAACAGUUACGAAUAGACAGUGGAUCUUUAUGCAAAAUAAAAAUUUCGUUCGGUAAUUGUUUAAAACAAGAUUUGAAUGUGUUUCUUCGUUCGAUAGUUUCAAUCGAUUGAAAAUAAUGUAACGAUACUCUUAAAUUCUUCCAAUGUUUUUAUCGUUCUGUGUUUCGCAAUGAAUCAAUUUAAUUAAUUUAAUUUAAUCUUUGCAGCGAAUGCAUACAAAAUCCGCAGGCUAGUUACGACGAACCGAGAAGAUCUCAUCGCUUUUAUAAGUAGAGUGCGGAUCUUUAUGCGAGAUAAAAAUUGUCUGGCUCAAUAGUAAGAAACGAACGAUGAAAAUAAAUAGAAUUCUUUCUUGAAUAAUCUCGAUCUGUAAAAAGUAGUACGUUGAUAUUCUUAAAUUCAUUCGAUCUCUUCGCAGUUUGUUCGACAUGCUCGUUUCGGUCAUAAGUUCGUGAAAUCCGCAGUCUUGUUAUUAUAUUAGAUCUACCUGAAAGUUCUGUCCGU